AUGAACACGUCAGAGAUGGAGAAAAAAAUAGUGGAAGGUCAAGAACUUAUAAAUAAUGCAAUGAAGGCCGCAAAAAAUACAAGAGAAGUGGCCGACAAAACCAAUACAUGUUCAGAUGAGAUAUUUUUUUAUGCCCAGACUGCUCUUGACAAUGCAGCAACAUAUGGAGUUGAAUUUCAAAAAAAAGUGGAGGCCCAAUUGAAUGAAAUGACCGAAGCUAAUAUGACUAAAAUUGCGACAAAGGCCGUUGAAGCAUCGCAAGCUGCACACAGAGUAGUACAUGAUGCUGGAGCCAUUGCGUCUGAUGCGGAGGCUGAUGCCAAACGUGCGGAAGAGGCCGUUAANAACUCUAUGAACACGUCAGAGAUGGAGAAAAAAAUAGUGGAAGGUCAAGAACUUAUAAAUAAUGCAAUGAAGGCCGCAAAAAAUACAAGAGAAGUUGCCGACAAAACCAAUACAUGUUCAGAUGAGAUAUUUUUUUAUGCCCAGACUGCUCUUGAGAAUGCAGCAACAUAUGGAGUUGAAUUCCAAAAAAAAGUGGAGGCCCAAUUGAAUGAAAUGACCGAA